GCAAAGCACAGAGGGUGGAAUAGUUUUAGCGGGGGUUUCCAAUGUGGAAGGCAGAAACAGAGUAACAGAGGGGGUUAAAAGUGGGUAACAUAUGAAAGAGAGCCAGAGGAAUCUGAAAAGGAAAGAGAAAAAAAAUUCUUCCUCUGCCUGCAGACCUGUGGUAGAUAAACUCAAAUGUUAAGACACAGAUAAGAAAAGAGAGAGCAAGACUGACAGACAGACUGAGGGACAAAGAGCAAAGACUAAAAAAGAGAAGAAGAUCACUGACACAAUUCAAGAGGUUGACAUGUCUCAAUAAUCCUCAAUUGCCAGGACAGAAUCAAAACAGACUGUAAAAGUAGCCGGGAACAAGAUGGGAAAAUGCAAUAAAUGCCCAAAAGGGAAAUAUGUGUAUACAACAUGUAAUGCUACAAUGGACACAGUAUGUAAAACCUGCCCACAUCGCACCUAUAUUGAGCAGGAAAACUUUAUGACCAAGUGUCUAUCCUGCAGGGAGUGCUCAAGCAAUGAAAAUCUGAUGACGGACAAAGAAUGUGAGGCCGACAGAAACAGGCAGUGCAAGUGUAAGCCCGGGUUCUAUUGCAAACACACCUCCGAGAAACCCUGUGAUUUCUGCGAUCACGUCUCCAGUUGCCCUCCAGGGAAAGGGGUGACCAGGCAACACACAGACAGGAGAGACACAGAGUGCAGUCCCUGCCUAGAGGGAACCUACAGCAAUGUGGAGGACUCCUUUUCCAGCUGCAAAAAUCAUACUAGUUGUGAAGCUCUGGGUCGACAUCUGAAAAGUCCUGGGACCGACACAACAGAUGCUGUGUGUGGAGAUUUUAAAGCAUACAAAUCUUGUCCUUGGAUGUUACCUGCUGGUCUGUGGGCAGGGCUAGUCGUUACUUUCCUGAUAAUAUUUUUGGCCCUAUUUUUUAUUUAUUGGACAAAGAAACGUCCAUCACAUAGAUCAGUGAUUAUUUCAGAGUAUUUACACUCACCAGUACUUCCUCCAGACAUCCUGAAAUACCCUGGUGUGGAGAAACAUGCAGAAUGUCACCAACACACACAUAAAGUUGAAAAUGACACAAACAUAGUCUGUAACAUACAGUGUGAUUGUGGAGCCAUGCCAAUGAGGACAGUUUCAGAGAAAUACAGAGAAUCCACUGCUGCAAAUGGAUAUACAGACAGCAUCAUGUGCCACUCCACAUAUCAAUCAGAGCCACAGGAGUCUGAAUGGAAUGAUUAACUAUGACACAUUAACUCACUUCCAUUUACCUGACAAUUAUCCAUGAGUACAGAAUGAUUUGGUUUACCUAUAACUAUAAAGCUACUUAAAGCAUAUUUUUGUAAAACAUUUGUAAAAACUAGAAUUAAAUAGCACAAAUAAAUUCUACCACACAUUUAACCUG